GAGAUGGUUUGAAAUUAUGUCGGCCUCAGAAUAAAUUUUAAUAAAAGUGUACUAAUCGGGAUCAAUGUGGAUGAGACUUGGAUCAGCAUGGCUGCCUCUGCCUUAAACUGUAAAGUUGGGAAAACUCCCUUCAUUUACCUGGGGCUCCCUGUUGGAGGAAAUCCUCACCGUCAUUCUUUUUGGAAGCUAGUGAUUGAAAAGUUUCGAUCAAAAUUGGUAUCUAGGAAAGGAAAGCUUCUUUUAAUCGGUGGCCGCAUCACACUUCUCACGUCGGUAUUUUCUGCUCUACCUCUAUUCUACUUCUCUAUCUUGAAAGUUCCAAAAGGUAUCUUAAAAGAGCUCAUUAGAAUACAAAAAAACUUCUUAUGGGGGACCUCAGAUGAGUCUAAGAAGAUUGCAUGGGUAAACUGGGAAAGGGUAUGUCUAGCAAAAAAUAAGGGUGGCCUUGGCAACCCAAACCUUGCUAUUAAAAAUAUUGCCCUUUUAGGAAAGUGGUGGGAUAAGUUUUAUGAUGAUGCUGAAAAUGAGAAAUUGUGGAAGAAGAUAACUAUUAGCAAGUACUAUAGUGGCACUUCAAUUGUUUCAAUCUCCAACACUACAUCUUCAAAAAUAUCUGCAAUUUGGAAGGAUAUUUUAUCUAUUAGCAGGGAUUGUGAAAGAAAUACCAAGUGCUUCUCUGAAGGUUUCUCUCGUCAGCUUGGUGAUGGAUACGGAACCAGAUUUUGGAAAGAUGCCUGGGUGGAAACUUCUCCACUAAUGCUUGUUUUCCCUCGACUAUUCAAGCUCACUCUUGGCGAGAACUUAUUGGUGGCUGAUCUAAAACCAACCAAGGGUGAGGGAUGGAUUCUCCAAUGGCGCAGACCCCCUUUUGGAAGAGAACUAGAUGAACUUCAAAUCUUGGAAGACAUCCUGCAAAAUGUCAGCAUCUUUGUAGGAAAAUCAGAUCAAUUUAUAUGGAAGCACUGCCCUGCUGGUUAUACUACAAAAAUGGCAUAUCUUUUUCUUGACAUGUCUCCCCCUUGUCUGGAUAUAUUCUACUGCAAGUUAAUAUGGAGUCAUCUUAUACCCACAAAAGUCAGUGUCUUCUCUUGGCGUCUUCUAUUAAAUCACCUUCCCACAAAGGACAAUCUCAUCCAACGUGGUAUUGACUUAGCAUCUAGAUUUGGUUGUGUGCUAUGUAAUGGUUAUUUAGAAGAUGCAAAUCAUAUUUUUGCCAUAUGCAUUUACUCCCAAAGCAUUUGGAGCCGCAUAUGUUGUUGGUGGGGUUUUUCUCUUGUUUUUCCUGACAAGGCCCUCGAUCUGCUUACUCAGCUUUGCUCACUACCAGUCCCUCAAGAUGUUAAAGAUUGUUGGGUCCUCUCCAUAUUUACUACUACUUGGGCCAUCUGGUAUUUUAGAAAUGGAAUUGCUUUCAAUAAACUUGAGUGGGAUGAGGACAAUUUAAUUGAGCUAGUGAAGACUAAAACAUUUGCUUGGAUAAAAGGUAAAUUGAAACCUGCUGCUUUUUGUUUUAGUGACUGAUGUCAAUUCCCAAAAUUAUGUACUACUCAUUCUUAAUAUGACACAGCACUCAUCCUAAUGUAAUGGGUGAGUACCCUUUGUACUCAUAGUUUAUAAUACAUUUUUAUUCAUAAA